AUGCCUGCUACACAUAUCGCGGCCAUACGCCCUCUCAAUGGCGUCAUACGAUCACCUCUUCUAAGGUCGCGCUUACAGCUGCUUUCUCCUCGACCAGUCUGCCUGAGCAGUCACAAUGGAGCAGCUAUAGUUUUCGUCAGUGUCCAGCAACAGCGCUAUGAAUCUUCGGAACGUCACAAGGCAUCCGAGGGCCGCGGAUUCAAGGAGCCGCCACCCAAGGUUACCCUGAGGUUAUUGUUACGGGCGCUUCGACAAAACUUCAACUUUCGAGCUUUGACGAGCGCAUUCCGUGGUCAGAACCUGCGGAAUUUGUAUCGACAGAGCCCUGAGGAACUCGUUCUCGCGGUUGCCAUCUUGUCCUGCUUAUCUAUCAUCGUCCUAUAUGUGAUCUACACUUAUUUCAACUACUUCCAAGCCGAACAAUUUACUAAAUUUCCGCCCGACGUCGCAAAGUCGUUACGCCGCGCCCUGUACUACAGCAACUACGCGCCGGAUCCCAAACUGGCCCUGAAAUACUAUAAAAUAGCACUGGAACAAUGCGACCAACAUGGAAUCGACCCCUUCUCUGAUGAGGUUCUGGGUGUCAAGAUACAAAUGGCGGCAUGGUUGGAAAAGAUCGACAAUUACCAGAAUGCCAUUGAUGUUCUGGAAUCGAUCCUCCUCAAUUGUAAGCGAUGGAUCGAUAAGAUGGAGCAGAGCGUUCGAGCCGGGCAAGUCGACAAAUCUGGUAUGUUGAUAGGGGCUGCAGCUGCAGCUGUUUCUCGCAGUCAAGGAGACGUUUCCGACGAAGACGAAGGACCACCUGAAAAUUUAUGGGCCAAACGCACGAGACUCCUUGGGAAAACCGUAGGAAUCAGUGUCAAACUAGGCGAACUCUACGCCAAUGAACAUGUUCUCCAGGGAGACACAGCAGGAGAGCGCCUGAUUUGGGCAGUUGAGACUGUGCUGAAGGAAUUGCAAAGGCGUCAGACGGAGGGUGUCAAGGAGGGCGAAGGUGAAUGGAUGUCUCCAGAGCAAAUCGGUGGCGCUCUAGAAGCAUUGGGCAAUCACUACGAAUCAAAGUCGCAGCACUACCUAGCAGCACCUCUGUACCUUCAAGCACUGACGCUCUCACCGGCAAAGACUUGCCACGCCGCAGUUUUGAUGAACAACUUGGCAACUUCAUUGGCUCAGCAGCCCAUUUCUGUGCCCCCAGCUUUCGGAAAUCUGCCCGAACCAGACAGGUUGCAUAGCCCAGCCCCUCCCACGAGGGCUACACUGCUUACCAGCGCGCGGUCAUGGGCGCUUCAAGCAUAUCACACGAGCUUGAAGGUUGAAGGUGAAGACAGAACGGAGGAAUGCGAUGAAGCGUGUGCUGUGGCGCUUUGCAACCUGGGUGACAUAGCAGCCAUGUCUGGUGACAUGGAAGAAGCAAAGAAGAGGUUCAAGGCCAGCCUCGUACUGAGUAAAAAGAUCAACUUCAAGGCGGGAAUACACCAAGCUCAGGAUGGGCUUGCCGCAACUGGGAUAUCAGCAAGGGUUCGAUAG